CUCCGCUUCAGCUAUAACCUUGUUUUCCUCGCGGACGCUCUCUUAGGGAUUCAACCCCCAAGCCCUCUUCUCACCAGCUCGGAGAGAAAAUGCCUAGAGAGACGGACCCCUUUUGGAAGUAUGUGAAAUUGCUGCCUAACAAACACUGGAACUGCAACUUCUGUGGGAAUUCGUAUGCUGGAAGCGCGACCAGGAUCAAGGCCCACUUAGCCGGAGUUGGAGGAUAUGGGAUCAAUGACUGCAAGGACGUUGAUGGCCAAGUGAGAUCGGAAGCCCAAAAGGCAAUGAAGGGUAAAACAGUUGUGGAAUCGAGCAGCAGACCAGAUAACGAUGAAGUGGGUCUGCAUCAGCCUGUGAUCGCAAGCAAUGAAGAUGGUCGGCCUGUGAUCGCAAGCAAUGAAGAUGGUCGGAGAGAGACUUCGUUUGUUGCCAUGCCAUACCUGAGCUCUAAUGCCAUAAGCAAUGGUCAGCCUGUGAUUGCAAGCAAUGAAGAUGGUCGGAGAGAGACUUCAUUUGUUGCCAUGCCAUACCUGAGCUCUAAUGCCAUAAGCAAUGGUCGGCCUGUGAUUGCAAGCAAUGAAGAUGGUCAGCCUGUGAUUGCAAGCAAUGAAGAUGGUCAACCUGUGAUUGCAAACAAUGAAGAUGGUCAGAGAGAGACUUCAUUUGUUGCCAUGCCAUACCUGAGCUCUAAUGCCAUAAGCACUGUAGGUGCAAAUUCAUCAGACUUUCAUCCAUUGCAUGAGAUGAAUGUGCCCAGUCAGUAUCUUCCUACCCAAAACAUGACCACACAUGGGGACAUUUCAUUCUGA